AUGUAUAUUUCUGAGAACAAAGCGUUGGAAGAGAUACAAGCGUUCUACCGCGAGCAGGGUUUCAAUCCCAGAUCGUCCGGCAACCUCUCGCUACUCCCUUCAUUGAAUCCUCGAGCCGUACUGCGUGCUUUGCGGGGCUCAGAAGAGCGAUGUUUAUCCGAGCUCGAGGCUGAUGCUGAUCGCUGCCACAGCAAACGAGCCUUUCAAUGCCGCUUCAAAGAAUGGGGCUUUCCGGCCAAACACCACCCUGCCCAUCGAGGGGAGGAUCUGGCUGCCAGGAUCCGCGAGCUAUGGGAGGCCAACACGUCGAACAAGCAGAUGCUGGCAAUCCUACGGGGUGAGGGAUGGGAUGUCAAAGAGCGCGAGCUCACCAAGCUACGAAAGGACCACAAUCUACUGCUACGAGAACCCAACCGGAACGGGAACGGAAGUGAAAGGAGGCAGAAGCGCAAGAGAGAUGCGUUGGGGGAGUUGGCUGAUCGGAAUGGGCAAGACGAGCCUGCUGCGUCUCCGGGAGAGCCGCCUCGAACGCCGUCUCCAGGACCAAUUCUGCCACCAGAAGUCAUUGCGAAACGCGUAGCACGGCAAGCCAGACUACUAGCAGAAAGCCAGGAGCGUCUCAAAGCCGGGACUCGACGUCGACGUACGAAGGUAUGGUCUGGUCUACCGCCAGACCCUGUACAACCUCCUCGAUAUCCGUCAGAGUUGACUAUGGAGGAGAGCAAGAUUGAAUUGGGACUCGACAGGAAUCUGUAUCAUGAAAUGCGGAAUAUCUUUGAGGAUAUCUGCCGAAGCAACAAUGUUAUCAAGAAGACUCUCUGUGGCACGGAGACGUGGAAGACUGUCAAGGAGCAGCUCAUCAGCCAGUUCGAACACUUGCAGCCUAUUUUUUGGGGAACGGAUGCCGCGGAUCUAAACCUGACACAAAAACCCAUGGCGUUAGAUCUGAUAUGCAUGGAUGUGACGAAGAAAAUCCGUACAGUCGGCACCCGAAUCACCAUCACUGAUGCAAAGAACAUACUAGGCGUUACGCCGCAAGAAGGAAGGGAUAUUCGAUCUGCAUUUGACGCCAUCCUCAAGGGCGAUCACUUUGUCAGCAAGCUUGAAGUGCCCAAGGAGCACUGGGAUGCGCUCAAAGACAAGUGGAUAGCCGAAUCGCCCAGGCUCCAGCAGAUCAUUGCGGGUGGAGAUGCAGACCCGGAUCUGCCGGCAAAGCUGAGGUCUCUCGAGUCUAUUGCCAGUGAUGUGCAGAAGCGUCAUCGUGAUUUUCAGACAAAGAAAGAUCCGACGCGAUUGGCCAAAACUUCAGCAACGUCGUUUCCAGGAAGGGGACCACCUCCACCUUCCACUUCCACCACUCCUACGAAGAAGAACAAUCCACCACCCGCUAUCAAUCCAGCCGACCAAGCAGCAGAUUCUCCCGUGCAAGCAUUCCUCUCCGGUGCUUUAUCCAAUCAUCCUGUAAACGGCAUCAACCCGGCCUCAACGUCCGCAAAUGACAUGACAACCUUCGCAUCCCAAGCUCUCGCCCACGCUCCAUAUAACGACUUCACUGACUUUACCGGCAUGCAAAUUGACCCUACUCUCCUCGAAGCCGCCGGCUCCAUCCCUCAAAAUCUCAACAACAAUCAUGCUCAACUUGAGAACGACCCUCCAGUCCGAGUCUUUUUCCGUCCCUCCUCCACCUCGCAGCUCAAAUACCUCAACUCGGCCCCCAAAGUCUGGCUGGGUGUGCUGCAAGCACCUUAUACAGUGAACGGUCUUCGCGCAUUGGCUCUCAAUGGGUCCGGGUUACAGGGGAAGGCAAGAGUGGGGAAGAUUGAGGGCGUGGCAGAGGGAGACAGUGGGUGGGGGAUUGAUGAGGACGAUGAGUUGGAAGCUUAUUUGGGGUUUGUGAAGGUAUGGGUCUUCUUCAUUACGACACAUGCCGAGGUCCUCAGCGACCCAGACAGCAACCUCGUCAAAGAGCAAACAGCGGGAGGGAAGUCUGCCCUCAAGGCACACGACAGCCCCGAAGCUGUAUCCCGAUGGCAGCAGGCGAGCGCCGAUGAUGGUAGACAAAGUCGGGCAACGUCUGCCGUUCAAGAAGCCCUCCGAAUACUCCAGCCCCUUCAACCAUCUCGAACUCGGUUCACGAGCUUUGAUAAGACAUCCGGCCUGGUCGGAACAACUUUGUACUACGCAAAGGAGGCAUUUGUACUGCUUUUCAUGAAUGGACCACCAGAAGAAGACUACCUCAGCCCACAGCCCGAAAAUUCGGCUCUCAGCAAACCCCUGGCGCAAGCGGUGAGGCUUUUGGAGAGCGCUGCGGUGGAGAAAGAGCCGGAUGCAAUCUUCUUAUUGGCCGAGAUGAGCUUCUUCGGGAAUUACACGCACCCUCGAAAUCACAAGGAAGCCUUCCGGAGAUACCAUGAGCUGGCGUCGCUGAAUGGUAAUAAUUCAGCACAGCAUAUGGUCGGGCUCAUGUAUGCCACUGGAAUCGGAGAGGCUGUCGAACGGGAUCAGGCGAGAGCUUUGACGUACCAUACAUUUGCCGCGAUGGGCGACAGCACCAGGGCGCAGAUGACGACGGCUUAUCGGCACCAUACAGGGGUUGGGGCUCCGAGGAAUUGCAACGAAGCAGCGUAUUGGUACAAGAAAGUGGCAGACAAGGCCAUUGCGUACUCGAGGUCCGGUCCUCCCGGCGGAAUGUUACUGCAAAAAGACUCCUACAAGAUUGCAGAUGAAAAUGGAGGCGUGUAUGGAGAAGGCGCCAGUGUGGUCAGCUCCGGAGUGUACGCCAACAAAGCUGGGCCAAAUUCAGAUGCACAUGCGGACUUUGAUGAUGUUCUGGAGUACUUGGACCUGAUGUCAAGAAAAGGUGACUUGAAAGCCACCUUCAGUCUGGGCCGAUUGCACUACGAAGGAUCUCGAACAAUGAAGAGGAAUCUCAAGACUGCAAAGGCGUACUUUAUGAUUGUGGCACGCAAGUACUGGCAAAAAGAUGGCUCAAUUCGUGAUGAAGAUCAAAGCGUCGCUAAGAUUGCUUCAAAAGCAGCAGGCUACAUUGGGCGCAUGUUCUUGCGUGGGGAAGGCAUGGAACAGAGCUACGAGAAAGCCUUGACUUGGUUCAGACGCGGGGUUGCCCAUGGUGAUGCAUUGUGUCAAUACGAGAUGGGUCUCAUGCAUCUCCACGGUCUGGGAGUAAAGAAGGACCCUGUGCUCGCCUCGGACUAUUUCAAAGAGGCUGCCAACCAAGACUUUGCGUCUGCCCAAGUCAACAUGGGGCAAUUGUUCCUCGAUCAGGGCGACAUCAAUACUGCCUCACGCUUCUUCGAUCUGGCGGCUCGACAUGGGCACAUAGAGGCCUUUUACCAUCUAGCUGAAAUCAAUAACAACGGAAUUGGCCGAGAAAGAUCAUGCGGUAUGGCAACAGCGUACUAUAAAAUGGUCGCAGAGAAAGUUGAAAGCAUCCACUCUUCUUUCGAUGAAGCUAACCGAGCCUACGAUGAGGGCGAUACCGAGUCAGCUUUGAUCAUGUACAUGAUGGCCGCCGAACAAGGCUACGAGUCUGCACAAGCCAACGUCGCUUAUCUUUUGGAUGAAUACAAGUCAAUCCUAUCCUUAGACUCGCUGAUCCCGUGGAAAAGACGAAGGUCGUCUUUGCUUCGAAAUGCGGCCUUGGCUCUGAUUUACUGGACUCGUUCAGCAAAGCAGUCAAAUAUUGAUUCAAUGGUCAAGAUGGGCGACUAUUAUCUGGACGGGUAUGGCAUCGAAGCAGAUAUGGAAAAAGCGGCCACUUGUUAUCAGACAGCUGCCGAGACCCACCAGAGCGCCCAGGCUCUUUGGAACCUUGGCUGGAUUCACGAAAAUGGCCUGGGCGUGGAGCAGGACUUCCACCUAGCGAAGAGAUUCUAUGAUCAGGCUCUGGAAACGAACCAGGAGUCAUAUCUACCCGUCAAGCUAAGCCUGACGAAGCUACGGAUGCGGAGCUUCUGGAACACCAUCACGAAUGGCAAGGUCAAGUCGAUCCAGUCUGAGCCAGAACCUAAGAAGGAAUGGUCCCUCAGCGAAUGGAUCUCCAACUUCCUCGAAGAACCCCAUCCCUACUACCACGGCGCGGACGACGACUACGACGAACCCCUUCCCGAAGGCAUGCCCGGCGGGGACGACGACUACUACACCGAGAUCGACGACAGCAUCCUCGAGAGUCUGAUCAUCGUCGGCUUGGCCGCCGCACUGGCCUUUCUUGUAUAUUACCGACAGCAAAGGCAGACGAACCACAGGCGAGAAAUGGAGACGCAACGGGGCAACGACCCGGUGCAGCCCGAGAAUGGCAUUCCGCCCGAAGAGCGAUUACCCGGCCAGCAGGCGGACGGGGGGUUCUUUCCCCCGCCUGACGAUCCGAACUUUGGACGGUGGGUUGCCGGUGGUGUUGGGCAUUAG